AUGCCUAAAGCACCUCCCCAUGCUGGACCAUCGCGACCAUCAAGCGGUAGACCAUUGAAAGCUAUACAUAAAACGGUAGACUUGCUGAGAAAGAAUGAAGGAGCUAAGAGGAAAGGUAAAGGGAAAGAAAGAGAGGUUUUGGGUGAUGGGGUGAUGGGUUUAGUCGAUGAGGUAAAGCGACUUCCGGGAAUGAUACAAGUCGAGAAAUUUGCCGAGACCAGAGCUCUCGAGAUUCAUGCUUUUCAAACAGCUAUUAAAGUAGCUGCCGCUCAGGGCAGUACAAGAGCAUUCCAAUCGCUCCCUCGACAUCUAAGAAGGAGAGCAGCAAGUCAUAAUCCCCGACGAGUACCGAAGCGUCUCAGAUCCAGAGCAGCUGCUGAAAUUGAUUCAGGUGAUACAAUAGCAAAGAAGCAUCGAAAAAUAUUUAGACUUCGACGUAAAGGUACACUUCGAGAUCACCUUUCAAGAACGGAACAAUUCGCUCUUCGACAGAAGAACAAGACAUGGCUACCUACACAUAUGUGGCAUGCCAAACGAUAUCAUAUGACGAAUUUAUGGGGUUAUAGAUUGCCUAUCACGCCUACCUUGAAAUCAUUUAGACCUGCUUAUAGAGCUGGAAGAAGAAAGGCCAUAGGAUCCGAUACUAGCUAUCAUGGGAUCAUUGAGCUUGAAGGGGCUCGUGAAGAGAUCAUAGCCGUAAUGGGAAGAAUGUCAGGAGGAAAGUUCGCUGGACCCAGAUAUGAAGAUGGGUCACGAGUAGCAAAUAUUUCCUUGUAUCAAUUUGAUUCGUUUCCAGUCGGAUUAAUAGGUCAAGCUGAAGUGAUGUGGCAACCAUUAUCACCUGAGCUACCUCAGCAUGAACGCAAACUUUGGAUUCGACUUCAUCCUUCUAUAUACAACGAGACUUGGAACGCUUUGAAAGUCACUACUCAUCAAUUUCAACAAUCUGGUUCAUCGAAAAGUCAAAACUUACAAAUUCGAGAUUUGAGGGGAGAGAUCAAUUCGUUAGAUAUACUGGGACCGAAAUCUGGAAAGGUUUUGAGGAGAGUCUUAAGAUUGUGCCGAUCAGAGAAAGGUACAAAACACAAGUUCUUUGAAAACCUGAGAGAUAUUGACGAUCCCGCCCAAUUGUCGGAAGGCAUGAUAGUGGGAUUGAGAGUACACGAUCCUCGACUCAGCUUCCCUCCUCCACGUUUAAGUACCAGUCAUACUGACGUGUCAGAAGACGAGAUAUCAGCUGUGAACUACCUCCAUCCUUCCUCUGAAUUAGCGCAGAGCAAUCUGUGGGAUGCGGACAAAAGAGAUGACUUGUCAAAAGCGACAUAUACCAAAUAUCAAUUGGAUGCUAGACGCCACAGGCUCGGUCUACCAGGGACUAAGCUCAGGCCCCUGUCCACAGAUGAUCGUAUUCCCAUCAUCGUAUAUCAAAGAUCCGUCUCAUCGCCUUCGAAUUCAUCAGAGGGAUUUCACGGCUUCACAAUCCUCUUGCCGUCGGGUACAUGGGCUCAAUAUUUCCUUUCUUCGCUUGUAUACUCAGGUGUGUUAUUUGGGGGAUUGGAAGAGCGGAGAGUACAACAUCGGGAAGCUGGGAUACCAGCCUUCCCAGAACAUUUCGGUGAUACUUGUAAAGCUGGAAGAGAGUGGGAAAAGAUGAAAGGUGAUAAAGAGCGAGAGAGAUGGGACAAAAAGCCUCCUGGGAAACGUCCGCAAUUUGAAGUACUGGGUACGCAAAAUCCUUGGAUACCUGACUGGAAAGCGGUCAUGAUCAACGAUUCACUCGAGGAAGCUACUUUGAAUGGACUCAAUCAUUCUAUCAAACCAUGGAUGCUUCCCUCUCCAUUCACCUCACACCUUGACUCUAAUUUUGAGCCAUCCAAACUUUUGAAGAUGUUGAAUGCUUUCCGCUCUCAAAGAUCCAUGCUCGCGCUUUCUUCGGAAAGAGCACACACUCUGUUCGAAACGGGAUUAGUAUACGUUGAAGUCAACGUCCUCGGGAGAGGCUCUCCUGGCGAUAUGGCUACUAUCUAUGCGUUACCUUCCGAACAAAGAGAACGGUGGAUAAAGGCUUAUGAAAAAGCCGAUAAAUCGACAGCCGGGGAAGUAAGCGAAUUGCACCAGCUCGGUGAGGUACCACCUAAUGAAGGGCACUUGAUGGGAUACACUUCUACUGGCAACUUUUCGUUAUCGAGAGGACAAGGGUUUGCUCUCGGUACCGUGACAUUGAAGGGCUGGAUAGGACUUCUGUCAGCUGCAAAAGUGGACACAAAGGAGGGUUGGGAGGGCUGGGAGGGAAGGAUAGUUGUUAAAAUUAAGAAUAGGGAUGGGAAAUUGAGUAGGUUGGCGGAAUUGAAGUUGAUUCUUAAUUAA